UCUCCCUCUGACUGGUACUCACCGUGUCGUGGCCGCAGAGACUAGAGUCCUGCCCCAAGGCCGAGAGAUGAUUUCAGGAGCUAUUCUCCUGAAGCACCUCGCAUCGCACUGAGUGCUGCACUUCGGUCACUGCUGAAAGAAUCAUCGGUAGGUGAGUCAGUUCUGUCCAUCUCUUUGGCAGACCCUCCUCUACCUCCUGAAUCAGCAUGUGACUUGGUCCGAGAAGCAGGUCCAGCAGAGGCGAUGCCUGCCACAAUGGUGCGUCCGCUUACACCUGAGACCUCGGCGAAGUCUGGUGUGGUCGCGUCCGUCAGCGCCGGUCCUCUGGCACCUAAAGAACCUGCCACCAGAUCUGGCGAGCCUAGCUCACCGAUCAGACUUCCACUAAGGUUUCUCUGCAAAAUCAUCCGUGAUGGUCCUAAUGAGAAACCUCACAUUCCGGUGACCAUGGAGGGGACGCUUGUCUGUGAGGGCAUCAUGGACUCCGGUUCCGAUUUCACCAUCAUGUCCAGCUCUCUCUGGCAGCAGGUCCGCAUGGCUGCAGCUGCACAGGGUCGAGUCUUAGGACUCGUGCCCUGCGCUGUGAACAUCCAUCCUUUCUUUUCAGGUAAAAUGACUUUGUCAAAUGUGGUGUUCCUCAACUUCACAGUGGGAGACAUGUCCGUGAGCCAUCCGGUGUUUGUAGCUAACGUUGAUGCUUUUCCUUUCCUUUUGGGAGGGGACCUGAUCCAAUGCUUUAAGGCUGUCAUUUCACUCGGUGAUUGUACACUCCGAACUCGGCUGAAUCAACCGACGCCCUUGGCGUCUCUUGAGGACAUCAUUCCCUCUUCAGGCGUUAUUAACCACAACGGCGCCGUCAGUCUGAUCAGUCGAUCCAGUACCUCAGAGGUCGGUGACUUCCACAGUGUCGGCGCUGUCUCUGCAGCAGGACCACUCCACCCACCAAAACCACCUACCCUAGGGGGAUUCAGCGGUUGCAGUGACACACCAGCUGAGACUCCGCACCCUGCGGUGGGAACACCACCUGCCAAAGGGGGGAUUGAUGGUGGCGCUGAUACUCCGGCUGAAGCCCAGCACCUUGCGGUGAGGACUCCACUUGCCGAAGGACGGGCUGAGGACAUCACUGACACUACUGCACUGCAGUUGGCGCUGGUGACCUCUAGCCCUGAGGUUGGUGACUUACCUACCAAGGGGGAGGUUGAAGGGCACCCUGUACCACUACUGGCUGACCCUGAUCUCUCUGACUGCGUCAACCGAGGACCUCCAGAGUGCUCACCUGCGCUGAACCCUCACAAGGCCGUGCCAGUCUACAAUCUAAAAUGUUCAUGGUUUCCAUUUUCAGCUCUGACAAAAUGGGUUUUGUUAGUCGCGUGCAUGAGUCUGAUAUCGACCGCAGCUGAGAUUCCUUCUCAGCCUCCUCUAACGCAUCUGUACGAACCUGGGCCCUCUUCUCCGAGACCGCCCAGGUCUAUUAAUUACUAACUAUCAUCUAUUCACACAAAAGAUUUUCGUCAAAUUCGACCAUGCUAUGGCGUGAACUGAUAAAAUGACAAAUGUCUAUGGCAACCUCUCGGAAACGGGAGCCCGCUGGACUAGUACCCUGACGCAGCAUGCAGAAGCUCACAUCCGUCACAUACUACUCCAAGCACUUAUAUUCAUGGUUUCGAACAGUGACCUUUGCGGUACCAGCAUAAGACCAAAGCGUUUCCUAGACGGACUUUUCUCAGUAGCUAAUACAAUUGGCAAUCUUUUAAAUUUCGGAUUCUCUUCAGUCAACUCGAUUGAGAUUAACACAGUUCGUCGACACGUCGAUGAGCUUAACAGGGAAUAUCCGGAUCUGCGUAAGCAGGUACUGCAGCAGCGGCGUGCCUUGAGACAGCUGGGCACGUCUGAAAAACAGAUUAUGGUGGUACUCAACACUCAUAGUGACAUUUUGUGUGAAUCAACUUCCGCUGUGAACAAAUGAUGUUCUUUUCUGAAUGUUGAUUAUGCUCAUACACAGAUACUGACAACUUGCCUGUCCGACUAUGGCCGGGACGUGAGCGCUUCGAUUGACACCCUCCUCAUGGGGAGGAUCCCUCCGUACCUCGUGUCCCUGUCCAUGGUCCGGUCUGCGAUUGCUCGGGUGACAUCGAAAGACCCCGUGGCCCUUCAGACUCACUUGGCUUUCUCAUUGGGCAGUGCUAUCCCAUUAAGUGUCAAUCCAGAUGCUAGAGAGCUAGCUUUCAUCAUCAACUUACCCAUUGUGUCUCCCAAUGACAUCUAUAGAUUAAAGGGUGUGGUAACUGUAGGUAACUUGGUUGGUGACACUUAUGUCAGGUUGCAUACGCCUCCUGUUGUCGGGUUCCAAGAGGACACGCCGCACGUCCGGUUGGUUCCGGAUCUACGUGUGUGUUUGCUCACAUGUGGCCUACACUUCUUGUGUCCAGGUACACCUUUUAUACGUGGUGGAGGCACUGGUGUGUGUGGCAUUGAUAAGUUGUCAGGUGACUCUAAGUGUCCUAUGACUGUGACUACACGUUCGCAUGUUGUUCAAACUACUGCUGUUGUUGUUGGUGAAUGUUGGUUGGUUAAUACCCCUGCUUGUGAAGCGGAUGUUUCCUAUGAACAUCAUGGGGUGUCCACACGUGUGGUGCUUCCGUCUCAAACUCUAUGGGUGACAUUUCCACAUAGUACUAUGGUCCAUGUAGGUGAGGUCUCUCAAUAUUACUUGGAUCCGGGUGAGUCUGUUGUGGCGUUUUCUCCUUUCUAUGACAACAUCUCCGUUGCUCUCUCUCCAGCUACGGUGGAUCGUGUUACGUUCAGUGGUCCGACCAUGGUCCGGUGAACAGGGUGCUGCGUGAGUUGUCGGCAGAUCCCGGUCUCAGUUUUCAACCAGUGUCUUACUCCUGGUCCUCCACUGAUUCUGUCGUGUUAUUCACUGCAUGCCUAAACCUUUGUUUGUCUUUAGGUUACACAAGUUUGUCUGUGUUUGUGUGUGUGCAUGGCUGUAUUUCCUGUCUAUACAUGACGUGCAGACUUGGAGUGACUGGGGAUGGUCAAGCUGUGGGUCCCUGGAGUCCUGUAAUGGUUAAAUCUUAACGGCAAAGGGAGCAUUCCACAAAUUAUUAUGUUUAUCCAAACGAUUUCUUUUUUUUACCUACAAAUCUAAUUCCUUAUAGGGUACAUUCACAUAUAGGUUUGAUUACUAACGACACUGAUUUACAUUUUUAGUGUUUCUUCUGUCAAUUACAAGUAAUUCUAUUAUUAAUACUAUUAUUAAUUCUUUUAGAAAUGUGGCAAGGUGGAUAAACGAGGGCCCGGGCGGGAUUCGAUCCCCAGACUCCCGGAAGACGUCUAUCCAUGUGUGUCUACUUGAAGUGCCCUGUAUUCGCUCUUCUCCUCUUCUGAGUAUCGCCAUUGGUCUUCACUUCCUGUGAGGACCUCUCUACGCCAUCACCUGAUUCGGCUGCCUGCUGCCCGAGGGUCCGGUGCGUUUGGGUCUGGACAUCCUUUGGUUCCUGCCGUGGUUGCGGGGGCUCUCCGGUUCGCCUGGGGCCUGGUCCGGUCCCUACUCUUCAGACUGCGCUGUGUGGGAACUCAGUGCUCAUUUAUCCUUUUUGAAAUAUUAACUUCCAUGGAAUUACCGAUGAUCGAUUGCAGUUGAUACUCUUCCCGUCACGGGGAGAUUCAAAUGUUCUACAGGUGUUGACUUAAUCAAGUCUUCAAAACAUGUUCUGUGACUUUCCACCGGGCAUGGGGAAUGCUUCCUCACUCCUUCUGCCUUCAUCUGGGACAUGACACCUGCCAUUCCUCGACGGAGUCCUUCAGGCCUCUAGGAUGUUACAAUGCCAGGUGGUUUCUGUCAGACCACCGUGUUUUUGUAAAAGGGGGGAGAUGUAACGUUACCAAAUGGACUGAUUUUGAGAUGCCACAGUUCAUAUGCACGGCCAGAGCAAAUAACCCUGCUACACAUGUUCUGCUGUAUUUUACCCUGACAGGAGAUGGAUGCAGGCUCUUUAAUCAGGUGACUUCAUCAGCUGAACUGAAGCUUGAUCAGAUAAUGAAAGAUGAUAGUAGCAUUUUUUUCCUCAAGGUUCUGCACAGAACUCUGUUAGAUAAACUUUUAUUCCCAGAAGAAAAGAAGAUUUCGUAACUAAAGUAAUCAUUUUAUAAUUCAAAAAAAUCAUUGAAGAAAAGGAAAUCUUAUAACUAAGAUUUUAUAAUUAAUAAUCACCAAAUAUUGCUGUGUGUAAUUAUAAAUGAUGAAAUGUUUCAUGAAUCUGUUUCAAUGAUACUAAGUAUAUUUACUGGAUUAGGUCAUCACACUUGCAGACAGAGUGACCCCGGCUUUCCACGGGAGCAGUCAGCAGCACGUUACUGCAGCAGCACGUCUUGCUCGCGUAAACUGCUGCUUGGCCCUUCCCACGAGACGCGAAGCAGCAGGGGAGCAGCUGUCACCGACAGAGCACGAAGUCACACGAGUGACUUCGUCAGUAAA